AUGUCAGACCUCGCCCCAGUCGCGGCCAUGGCGCCCACGUCGCGCGAGAACCGCCCCGAGAUUGUCGGCCCCGACACCCCAGAGGCGCCCUACCCCCUCGAGCUGUUCGGUUCAGUGACAAAGGGCUUUGGGCGCGGCGCACGCUUCCUGGGCAUCCCGACUGCCAACCUCCCCGACUCCUCCCUUGGUCCCCUCAACGCCCUCUCCCUCACGGGCAUCUACUACGGUUUCGCCCGCGUCCACCCAACCCUCUCAACGCCUUUACCCACGGCGGCACCCACUCCGGCGCUCACCCCUUCCCAGUCCACCACUUACCUUCCCGACCUAGCUGCAGCCCGUAUUAACACUUCUUACCAUCCCCCGGCACCAAAGGGCAUGGGCUCGCACCCCCUCACGGCUGACGCGAUCGCCAGCAUGCCCGCCCACACCGCCCCUUAUCCCCCCGAGAGUGCGCCUGCAACCCCCGGUGGGGUCAGUACCAAAGUCCGGCGGCUGGCAGAGGAGGACGGCAAGGUGUGGCCCAUGGUCAUGAGUGUCGGGUGGAACCCAUACUUUAAGAACGAGAAGAUUACCGCGGAAGUCCACAUCAUGCACCCGUUCAAGCACGACUUUUACGGGCAUGAAAUGAGCGUCCUCGUCCUCGGCUACAUCCGCCCAGAACUCGACUACAUCUCCAAAGAUGCGCUCAUCGCCGACAUCCAGUUUGACGUUAAGGUCGCUCUCAACGGCCUUGCGCGGCCCGCCUACGCAGAGUGCGCAAACUCCGCCUUCCUCACGGGAUCACCGCAGCCACCUGUGGACCAGACAAGCGAGAAUGAGACGUAG